CUCUUGUUUAGUCUGACAGAGAUCCAAAACUAAAAGCUCAAACAGUCAACGGGCAAUAUCUCCAAUCUGUGUGUCUGCUUCUAAGCUAUUUUGUGGCAGAAAAUCAUGUUUAGAAUUGGUUUGAGAAACAGUGCCAAAGUUUUCUAUUCAAGGGCUUUGUUUGCUGAGAGCUUCCACAGGUUAUUGUCUUCCCAGAGUGGAAGGAAGCUACAAGACAAGGUUGCACUGAUCACAGGCGCGGCUAGUGGAAUAGGAAAAGCCACAGCUACCAAAUUCAUCAGCAAUGGGGCUAAGGUUAUUAUUGCUGAUAUUCAACAACAACUAGGCCAAGAGACUGCAAAAGAAUUAGGACCUAAUGCUACUUUCAUAACGUGUGAUGUUACUAAAGAAUCAGAUAUUUCCGGUGCCGUUGAUUAUGCCAUAUCUAAAUACAAACAACUUGACAUCAUGUACAAUAAUGCAGGGAUACCCUGCAGAACUCCUCCUAGCAUUGUUGAUCUGGACAUGGCAUUAUUUGACAAAAUCAUGGACAUAAAUGUUCGUGGGGUUGUGGCAGGCAUCAAGCAUGCAGCACGUGUAAUGAUUCCGCGUAAAAGCGGGUCCAUUCUGUGCACGGCAAGUGUCACAGGAGUGAUGGGAGGGAUGGCUCAACACACAUACUCUAUAUCCAAGUGUGCAGUUAUAGCCAUUGUUAAAUCGCUGGCUUCAGAGCUAUGCAGGUAUGGAAUUCGAGUCAAUUGCAUAUCACCCUUUGCCAUCCCCACUCCUUUUGUCAUGAGUGAAAUGAGUCAGAUAUAUCCUCAUGUUGAUGCUCAGCGACACAUAGACAUUGUUCACAGUGCUGGUGUCCUACAGGGAGCAAAUUGUGAACUUAAUGAUAUUGCUAAUGCUGCACUUUAUCUUGCAUCUGAUAAUGCCAAAUAUGUUAGUGGGCACAAUUUGGUUGUGGAUGGAGGUUUCACAUCUUUUAAGAGUUUGGAGUUUCCUGCACCAGAUCAAGUGCAGUAAAAGUCCAAUGUAUACUCAGAAAAAGGUAACAAGAUUGAAAAAACACUUCCAAUUUCAAAUUUUAAAUACUAAGAAUGAGUCAAUUUCAGAUUUCUCUUUUCUGAGUACUCUUCUAAGUGCCCGUUUGGUUCA